GUCUGCCAGACCCGGUCAGCAAAAACCAUUUCCAAGCUGGCCUACCAUGGCGGGGUGGUGAUAGUGAAGUGUCCCGGCUGCGGGAAUCACCACGUCAUAGCCGAUAACCUGGGGUGGUUUUCGGAUCUGGAAGGAAAGCGGAAUAUCGAGGAAAUCCUGGCAGCCAAAGGGGAGAAGGUGAGACGUGUGGCUGGCGAGGAAGCCUUGGAGCUGCUUCUGGAAAGCUCGGCAGAUACGGGGUCUCAAGGUGUUGCACGGCAGCAGCUGGUGUCAGAGCACAAGAGGCGAUUGAUACCCCCUGAGGAGAUGGACCCCCCCGCCCUGU